GGUCCAAAGGAAGGAGUAGUAGGUGGGUAACCCUUCAUGUGUGUGCCUUGUUCUUGCCUAAUUCAUCUUCAUUCUCACACUUCACCAACCCAACCACCCUAUCAUUCUCUUUUCACCCUUUUCUUCUUUUUAGAUUAAUCAAAUCUUGCACUAUAUAUAUAUAUAUAUAUAUAUAUAUAUACACACACACACACCCAUCAGAAGCUCUCUCCAUUCGUUCACUCCUUUGUUAGAUCUAACCAACCAUCACACCCUUUUCCUCAUCUAACGAGUAAGAAAAAUGGCGCGCAAGAAGAUCAGAGAGUACGACUCCAAGAGGUUGUUGAAGGAGCACUUUAAGAGACUCUCUGGCAAGGAGUUGCCAAUCAAGUCUGCACAAAUAAAUGCAUCAACUGAUUUCACUGAGUUACAAGAGAAGGAACCUUGGCUUUCAUCUUCUAAAUUGGUUGUGAAACCUGACAUGUUAUUUGGAAAGCGUGGCAAAAGCGGUUUGGUUGCUUUGAAUUUGGAUUUUGCACAAGUCGUCUCAUUUGUGAAAGAGCGUCUUGGAAAGGAGGUUGAGAUGGGUGGAUGCAUAGGACCCAUAACAACUUUCAUUGUUGAACCUUUUGUCCCACAUGACGAAGAGUUUUACCUUAACAUAGUCUCUGAGAGACUCGGCAACAGCAUAAGCUUUUCUGAAUGUGGAGGAAUUGAAAUUGAAGAUAACUGGGAUAAGGUUAAGACUGUAUUCAUUCCAACUGGAGUGUCUAUUACAUCUGAAAUUGUUGCCCCACUUGUUGCAACCCUUCCCUUGGAGAUCAAGGGAGAAAUUGAGGAAUUUCUUAGAGUGGUUUUCAUUCUGUUUCAAGAUCUGGAUUUCACUUUCUUAGAGAUGAAUCCUUUCACAUUGGUUAAUGGAAAGCCUUAUCCUUUGGAUAUGAGGGGCGAGCUAGAUGACACUGCUGCUUUCAAGAACUUCAAGAAAUGGGGAGACAUUGAAUUUCCACUGCCAUUUGGAAGGGUUAUGACUGCCACCGAGUCUUUCAUUCAUGGAUUAGAUGAAAAGACAAGUGCAUCUUUAAAAUUCACUGUGUUGAACCCAAAGGGCCGAAUUUGGACAAUGGUAGCUGGGGGAGGUGCCAGUGUCAUCUACGCUGAUACAGUUGGAGAUCUUGGUUUUGCAUCUGAGCUUGGAAACUAUGCUGAAUACAGUGGUGCACCCAAAGAAGAUGAAGUCUUACAGUAUGCCAGAGUUGUAAUUGAUUGUGCAACUGCAAACCCUGAUGGCCAAAAGAGAGCUCUUGUGAUAGGAGGAGGCAUAGCCAACUUUACUGAUGUUGCUGCUACAUUUAGCGGUAUAAUUCGGGCUCUGAGAGAGAAGGAGUCAAAAUUGAAAGCAGCAAGGAUGAACAUCUAUGUGAGGAGAGGAGGGCCCAACUACCAGAAGGGUCUAACUUUAAUGCGUGCACUUGGAGAGGAGAUUGGCAUCCCCAUUGAGGUUUAUGGACCAGAAGCCACAAUGACUGGUAUAUGCAAAGAGGCAAUACAAUUCAUUACUGCUUCUGCUUAAGGUCUACAGCACCUUCAUCUAUGGUGUUUUUCAUGGCAAGUCUGAAGUGAACUUGAUUUUUAAUUUCCAUUUCUAUUCCUGAAAUUCGGAAAUUUAAUUAGAGCCUGUGUUUAUGAACUUAAACCCGCCAUCAAAAGUGGCCAUGAAUGUUGUCAUUAUUUUUGUAGAAUUGAUGGCACGACAUCUAAUAAAUAGUGUUUUUUGUUUAA